GUUGACGACAUCAUUAUGCGCCGGAUUCCGGACUCCUCCUUCCUUUCCAGAAGGAGCGUGGUGAAGAUGGCGGCGCAGAAGUCGGUGCCGAGUGAUCUUUUCAAAUGCGUUUAUUCAUUUCUGCUGGAGAACAAGUUCACUAAGGCGGCGGAGCAGUUUCUGAAACAGACGAAAGUGACUCCACUAGAUGAAAAGGAGGAGAGCCUCGUCAACAUCUACAACUUCUGGGUGAAGUCUCCUGAGGCCAAGAAACGAAAAGCACCUAAUGAGGCAGACAUUACCAACGGUCCAUCGGCCAAGAAAUCAAAAACCACUACAGAGAGCUCCAGCAGCGAAGAGUCAAGCAGUGAGGAUGAAGAAGCUGUUGCAAAACCAACUAAGGCCCCUGCAGCAGCCAAGGUGGUGCCUGCUAAAGCAGCAGCAGCUGCAGCUACUAAAGCUGCAUCCAGCAGCAGUGAAGACUCCAGUGACUCUGAGGAGGAGGAGAAGGCUCCUGCAAAGGCUCCCACAAAGGCUCCUGUGAAGCCAGUUGCUUCUGCUCCCGCUGCUGCAGGCAGCACAAGGAAGAAAGACAGCAGCUCCAGCAGUGAAGAAUCUGACUCUGAGGAUGAGCAGCCCGCUAAAGCCCCUGCACCAAAACCCAAGGCAGGUGCAGUCACACCAUCCAAACCAGCUGUUCCUGCCAAAGGAGCAGUUCAGAAAAAGCAGCAGAGUAGCAGUAGUGAAGACAGUUCCUCAGAUUCUGAAGAUGAAGAACCAGCUAAGGCUCCAGUCAAACCCACCCCAGUAAAGGCUGCUGCUGCAGCUGCAGCUGAAUCAAGUAGUGAAGAUUCUUCAUCUGAAGAUGAGGCUCCUCCCAGCAAAAAACCAAAAGCAGGAGCGUACAGUGCAGUCCCACCACCUGCUUCAAUCCAGAAAGCCCCAGCUGCACCGGCAGCCAGCAAGGCCAAGGACAGCGACUCCUCAGACAGCAGUGAUGACAGCAGUGACGAGGAAGAAGAGAAGAAAGCAGCUGCGAAACCUGCACCGGUAAAGACAGCUGCUGCCAAACCUGGUGUGGCCAAGCCUGCUGCAAAGAAGCAGGAAUCCAGCUCUGAGAGUUCAGAUUCAAGCUCAGAUGAAGAGAGGCAAAGAAACCCUGCAGCCAAAGUCACUCCAGCUAAAGCGGCCCCAGCCAAACCUGUCCCGGCCAAGGCUGCACCCGCUAAAAAGGAAGACUCAGACUCUGAUUCAUCAAGUUCAGAGGAUGAAGAGGAGGUGAAGAAACCUCCAGCGAAGGUGACCCCUGCUAAGGCUGGCCCAGCUAAACCUGUUGCAGCUAAAGCCACACCAGCUAAAGAAGACUCCUCAGAGGAGGAUUCCAGUUCAGAGGAGGAGACAGCAGCAAAGAAGCCCCCGGCUAAACCUGCACCCGCCAAGACUCCCCCAGCUAAAAAAGAUGAGUCCUCAAGCUCAGAUUCAGACAGCAGCUCUGAAGAUGAGGCUCCAGCAAAACCUGCCACCAAAACUGCAGCUCCAGCAAAACCUACUGCUUCCAAAGCCCCAGCCAAGAAAGCAGAGAGCAGCUCUGAUUCAGAGGACUCCUCCGAGGAUGAGGAACCAGUGAAAUCUAAGCCAGCAGCCAAACCAUCCACCCCUGCUUCAAAGGCUGCUACCCCUGUUGCAAAGCCUCCUGCAGCAGCUGAGAGCAGCUCUGACUCUGAUUCCUCUGAUGAGGAGGAGGAACCAGCUAAGGCCAAGCCCACAGGAACUAAACCUGCAACUCCAGCUUCAAAGGCUGCUACUCCUGCAGCUAAACCUGCUGCUGCAGCAGAGAGCAGCUCAGACUCUGACUCCUCUUCUGAAGAUGAAGAACCAGUCAAGGCUAAAUCUGCAGCAGCUAAACCAGCUACUCCAGCCUCAAAGCCAGCUACUCCUGCAGCAAAGCCUGCUGCAGCAGCAGAGAGCAGCUCAGACUCAGACAGUGACAGCUCAGACUCAGACAACAAGGCCACCAAACCUGCAGUCAAGAAACAAGCUCCAGCAGUAGCAGCUGCUGCCAAGAAACCUGCCGCCGCUGCUAAGGAUUCUUCUGACUCCAGUGAUGAAAGUUCCAGUGACGAGGAGGAGGAACCCAAGAAGGCAGCACCGGCACCCAAGCCAGCAGCCACAAAGGCUGCUGCUGCUCCAACAAAGAAGGCUGAGGAGAGCAGCUCUGACUCCUCCGAUAGCUCUGAUUCUGAAACCGAGACCAAGUCCAUCCCUGCUGUUACCAAUGGCAAAGCAGCAACACCCAAGACAGCCAGUGCAGCAGCCAAGGCCCCAGCAAAACCAGAGGAGUCCUCAUCCAGUGACAGUAGCUCUGAGGAGGAGGAAGAGGCCAGUAAAAGUACAAAAGUACCAGUAAAAGUACAAAAACCUGGUACACCUGCUGCAGCAGCAAAGACAACUCCUGCAGCUAAACCUAAAGAGAGCAGCAGCAGCUCCUCAGACAGUUCAUCAGAUGAGGAGGAAGCACCGCGCAAAGCAGCCACAGCACCCAGCACCCCUGCAACUAACGGUACCAAUGGAAAGAGAAAAAGAGACAAAGAAUCAUCAGAGAGUGAAGAGGAAGAGACAGAAGUCACGACACCAAAAAACAAGAAAGCAACAACAACACCUCAGACUUUCCCUAAAGCAAAUAAGAAGUCUUCCAACGUCCCUUUCCGUAGAAUAAGGGAGGAUGAAGUAGAAGUGGAUCCCCGUCUUAUGGACAACUCUUUUGAUGCAAAGCAUGGAGCCACAGGGGAUUGGGGGCAGAAAGCCAAUGAGAUACUCAAGUUCACGAAAGGCAAGUCAUUCCGCCACGAAAAGACCAAGAAGAAGAGGGGAAGCUACCGUGGCGGAGCCAUCUCCACCACAGUCAACUCCAUUAAGUUUGACAGUGACUGAGCACCUUCUCCCCGUGGUCCCUCCCACCUGAACUGUACUGUACCUGUGUGAUCAGGACUUCUCAACUGUCUGCUUUCCCCCCUUGUAUCAAGUCUCUCUGUCGUCACCACCCUGCAGCAGCAGAUUGACAGAAGAAUGUGACCCGUAGAGCUGAGCUGGCACUUGCAUUUAGUUAGCUGCCCUUAGUUUGUAAUGGAGACCUUUUGUUUGAUCUGUGUGGCAGCAGGAGAGAUGUACCCAGCUGUGACCUCACACUUGUACUGGUUGACAUCCAUGUGACAUUAUUACACUUAUAGCCACUAGGUGGCUGCAGGCCGCCUGAUAAUGGUUAAAAGCCAAUGUGUGUGUUGGGCCCUUUCCUUUUUUUCUUGUUUUGAGUUUGUUAACCUGUUCUUUAUUCUCAAAUGACAAAUGAUUUGUCAUUUUUUCGGUGACAUUAAUUUUUUUUUCGUCUGUCUGAAUGACAGCCAGCCAUCCUAUAAAUUUCUUUAUUAUAUGUUUAAAAAGGCUGAUAUUGAUUUUUAAUGGAUCACAUGGAUUCUUGAAGUUUGUUUGGUUUGUCAAUUUUUAUGUAGCCACAUUUAAAUGUAGAGAGGGUGUGUGCUUGGGCUUUUUCUCUUAACAUUACAUAAAAACAUUUAGCGAGUAGAACUGAGUUUUAUACAGUAUAUUUAUUAAGUUUUAUUCCAUUUCAACCUCAAGCCAUUUUGCUUUGAAACCAUUGUUUCUUCUGAUGUUAGGAUGCCCCUGUAAGCCCCUCCCUAUUCUGUUAAUCAGUGGUAUUGAAUGAAUUGUUCACAGACAUAACAGAGAGCCAUGAUCGUUUCUAUUAUUUGAAUUUACUGUUUGAAUUUGUCAUUUUUUAUUACCAGUUCUUGUAGCUGUAAAUAAACAGACUUAACAGAUUAAA